CCGCGCCGGCCGCACGUACAAUAGUUGUCAGCCGACCUCUUUUGUAUCGAAGUCGAAGUGUCAGCUUGUUUACAUCGAAAAGCUAGAGCGAUGCAUAGUGCGUUAGUUAGCGCGAUUGUGUCAUCGACCGAGCGUCGGUUAUCGCUAAAUUGCGAGUGAUUCACGGACAAUGUUCGCGACUGUGUGCUACUGAAACUUUUUGUGAACUUGUGAACUUUUCGAAGAUCCAAAGUGCCGAUCUUCUUAGCCAAAUUGAACUGUGACAUUUUUCUACAUUUAUACUCAGUGUGCCAUUUUCGAGUGUCAAAGUGAAAUCUUCGAGUUGAUUAACAUUGAAAUAGCCUUUCGAGAAAAUAUAUGGACUUAGUUUUUUUCUUGGAAAAUAAAAAUAAAAAACUGAGAAAGAAAUAAAACUUGAAAUUAUAAAUAUCAUCGAAAUUAAUUCUACUUAGAAGUAAAAGUCGUACAUAGAAUUGCCAGAAAUAUAAACCAGUGGAAAAAAAAGGUUUAGAAACGAAAAGAACGUCGCUAACCAUAAAGAUAAAAAAGUCCAAGGGAGACGAAAUCCAAACGCGCGCGAGCAUUUAUGCAUACAAAACAAACCGCAAUCUGUCCACGCUUCUUCCGUAGAAAAAGGCGUUGUGAGAGACAAAGAUGGCUAUAGCGUUCAACUUGCCGAGCGAGAGAGAGGCGGCUGAGGAGAACUUUUCACGAUUGAACCGGCUCCUCGCUGAGUUGUACGAGGUUUUAUGCCACAUCUUGGUAUCACGACAACCUGGGCAAGAAGCCCAGGAGAAUCGGCGAGAACGUCCAUACUCCGAGUCGGAUGUCGAAAGACAGCAGAUCUCAACACCUCAGCAGUGCCGUCGCUCGGCAUCCUCCCCUCCCCUCGCCUUAACCUUCGACAGCGACGACUUGGAAGACGACGUCUUCGCCCCGAGAACUGACAAUGGAAAUGAUAGAUUCUCAACCACAAACCUUGAGAUAUUUAGUUACGGACGAACUCCAGCUGGUGUACUUUUGAGUCCGAGACGCGAAAGAUCUUUCAAUUUUUCGGUGACCAGCGAAAAACAUUGGAGAGAUAAGGGUGGGACGGAAGUAGCUGAAGAUGUUAUUGAUGCUGACGUGACUGAUGCUGCCACUCCAGGGUUGACCGAAAAGGAGACUACAUCAUCAGAGAGUUCAAUAUUUUCAAUUCUACCUGACAAGCUAUCAGGUUCUAUUUGCACGGCUGUUUUAUUUAUGCUUGGCUGGAAGCUUUUCAGUAACAAACGAUGAAAUAUUAAAAAAAAGAAAACGCUUGGUUUGUUAAAACACGAACUCGUGCCAGAGUAUUUUGAUAAAUUUUGUUAUGAGAUAUAUUCUAAAAUACGCCAUUUUUUCUAAAUUUAUUGUCCUUUUUUUUUCAAUUUUCAAAAUGAAAAUCUUUUAUUAAAACGAAAACGGAAUUCGAUUUCAUUUUCAAAAUGAAAAUGAUUUAUACAAUUAGUUUUAAUUGUAGUUUUUGAUAUGUAACAGCAAUAUAUUUAGUGUAAGACUGCGCUGUACACUAUAUUGUAAAUUUACGCGUGUAUAUAAAUUUACUUUCAGUAGACUGAUUAUGGAAAUUAUAAAAUCGUUGAAUUAAUUGUUGAUGAAUUUCACAUUCAUUAUUUUAUGAAAAUGUAAACGAAACAUUUUUAUUUGAUAUCCGAAAAUGAAUAAAAAUGCAUUAACAUUUUUUAAUUUAAUGAAGUCCCGUAAUUCUGUAAUAUACCUUUGAUACUUUAUAAUAUAAUUGUAUUCGAUAACAAAAAGUUAUAUAAUCUGAUUUUUUACUGUGUAUAUAAAUAAAAUAAUUGAACUGAAAUAAUCAACGCACAAAAUUAUAUUAAUCAAAUUGUAGAUUUUUUGACGUAGGUUCGUCAUGAAUUGUAAAAAAAAAAGUCAAUUGACAUUCCGCUAUGAGUGUAUAUUAUUGAAAAAUAUCAAUUUAGUAUCUUGUUAAAUAAAAGUAGGUGUUUGUAGCUUAAAUCGUUUACACGAAACAUUAUACAGAGGUUAAAACGUAUACAAAAAAAAAUGAAUACGGACCAGAAGUUAGAUCGAAAAUAGACCUUCAAUCUAUCUGCAAAGAGUCUAUUUCACAAUAAAUUGUUCCAAAGAGAGCAGCCUAAAAUUGUCAUCGUUUGAUCUCAUUAUAUUUGUAAUAAAAUGUUUAUUUUUAUAAUAUUUUAGCUUAUACGAUAAACCGAUUUUGAUAAAUGCUUAAUAAUAAAUUAUUUUUUGUCAAGAUUGGUCUUAUUAAUUAACAAAACUAAGUUUGC